AUGUGGCGUCGUUUGACGAUUCCACUUGUGCUCUUCGUCUGUUUCAUUCCAACAAGUGUCAAUUAUCCAAUUAUCGUUGAAGGAGCUUAUUUCAGAUAUCUAAAUGCUUCUGAUAGAUAUAUAACUAUUGGAAAUGCUAGAGAACGCGUGCAACCAUUUCUUGUACCAUUUAUGGUAGUAGUUACGAUUGUCAACGUUAUGCUGAAUACUGCAGCUAUGAUGAAGCUGGUUAUGCAUCGAACGGCAGGAACAAAAAAAUCUGAAACUAAUCUACUGAUAAUGAGCUUAUUAAAUUUCAUCAUUCAAGCUCUUGCUGCUGUCAUUACGGUAAAUGGAGCCAACCUGAGGGAAGACAGUAAUCGCAAUGAGGAUCAAAAUAAAGACAACAAAACUGUUUUUGUGCUCACUACUACUACUGUUCAGAGAGUCGCCGUUACAUAA